CUGAAAAAGCACAAUUGCCCUGUUACUGACACAAUUGUCACUUCAAUUGUGCAAGCAGUUUCAGAGUGUAACAUCUUACACAGAUCAGUGAAAAGUGAAGGUCUGCUGUCAACAGCCAAGAGGAGAAAGUCAUAUGUACAGCAGAGGUUUCCACAUAUCAAACCCAUUGAGUACCUUAUUGAUGGUACCCAAAGAAAAUGUGUUUAUGUGCCUCUUCUCUCGUCCUUACAGGAAUUGAUGAAAAAGCCGGAUAUUGCAGACAUUGCAUUUCAACCAAGAACCGCAAAUCCUGGGUUUCCACCAGACCUGCUGCAUGACCUCCUGGAAGGUGUAGUGCCUGUGGAGUUGGCCCUUUGCUUGCAAGGCAAUUCCUGUUGUACCGAUGGCCUCACCCCUGAAGUUGCGCGUCAUUUUGGCUGAUGACAACGCUGAAAUUCUUGUCUUGCCAUCUCGACCCAGUACAGUUGACGAACUAGUUUCAGAAAUUAAAACAAGAUUUGGGCUUGUGUACGACUUCAGACUUCAGUAUGAAGACCCAGAUUUUAAUGCAUUUUGCAACCUCGUCAGCAUUGAUAGCCUCCCAUCCAUUGCAACUGUCAAAGUGAUUCACGUCAUAGAAUUGAAUCUCAGCCCCGUAGACUUAGAUGUCAGCUCCAUCAGUACAGAUGACACCGUUAUUCUUUCCUCACCGGAGAGAAGCUGUAGGACUGAGGUCUGGCCAGAGUACUUCACUGUGCCAUCGUUUACCUAUGAGGUUGAAUAUAUUCUGAGUCAGGGCAAUACAGCCUAUGAGAAGGAAGCAAAGCCCCUGAAGCUAACUAAAGAUCAGAAACACAACAUAUUGGAGGCAAUGGCUAUAGAGAUGUAUAAAUAUGCUGGGUACCCAAGUGGCAAACAAAUUCGCCAAGCUGCUGAGGCUUUAGUGAAAAAGCAUCCGUGUCUGAAAGAGAAGACCGGAACAGGAUAUGAUGCCUGGAAAAACAGCCUUUUCUUUAAGAUGGGCAACUACCGUACGAAACUUAGCAGAGCAGGCCUGAAAGAGGUGUCAGUGAAUGCAGGAAAGCGUAGUCGACUUCACCCCACUGCUCCAUCAGCCCACUCUCAAAUCAAGCGCCCCAGACGGGGAGAGAUUAAUUACCUACCAAAUUAUCCCGCCGGUGAAAGCAAGGACAGCUUGGAGGCUCAAAGAAAUGAACUCCAUAGUGAGUUUCAGAAAGCUCCUGCCGAAAGAGAUGGACCACUCAUCUUCUUGCUCAUGCAGAGAACAUUCGCGUUGAGACGUGAGGAAAUAAUCAACAGUCCAAGGCCUAUUGCAGAGCUGAGGGAGCGGUGGCCUGCCCUCUUCUGUGAAGCCCAGCUUUACAAGGAGGUCCAUCGCAUCACGAACCAAAACCUCCCCUUCAACUUCUUCGCGGCACUGGACAAAUACACUCCACAGCUCCUGAACCUCUACAAAGAGAAGCAGACGGGAACCUUGGGCAAGAAAAUGGCUGCGCUUCUUUCUGAUUACAGUAAACAGGAUAAUGACAUCCAGGCAACCAGAACUGCUGUCCUGUUUGGCCUGGCCCUGUAUCUCAAAGAAGAUGCGUCGGAGAUUUUCAAGAGCUGCAAGGAAGUCGACUUCGAGGAAUCCCAAACAGGAGCCGUCACACUCCUUGCACUUACCGAAGACAAUCCAUCUGCAGUACCGUUCAACCCGCAGCACGUUACAGUCAUUCUGGAGGACCAGGUGGUUCUUUCACACAAAUAUUGGGUAGACGCACUUGUUCUUUUGUUUGGUCUGAUCUAUGCCCUGCACCUAGAGUACCCUGCAAAGCUUAAGGGUUUCUUUGAGUUUAUUCAGGUUGUCCUCCUGAACCUCGAUGAUGGAAGGCGUCAGAUUAAGCCAAAAUUGCUGUCACUCAAGAAUGAGUUAGAACUUGGUGUUUGAACAGGAUGAAUCUUUCAUCUAUCAGAUGCAGAACUUUCACUGUCGCUUAAAUAUUGGGCAGCCGCUAUUGUUCUUUUGUUUGGCCUGAUCUAUGCCCUGCACCUAGAAUAUUUGUUUGUUUAAAAAUUGUCAUCAGUAAACAGUGUUGUACAGGUCUAUCUACGGUACAAGUGGGUGCCCAAGAAAAAUGAUUUUUAUUGCCCUAAAGUUUCAUGAUUCAUUUUGCCUGAUGUUCCAACCCUGUUGUGAAAAUGAAAAUUAGGGAUGAAAAAGUUUGGGCUGGUAUACGUACAGUCAAUCCGGAAAGUAUUCACAGCGCUUCACUUUUUUCACAUUUUAUUAUCUUACAGCCU